AUGCCUGGCUCCUUAUGGGCCAUCAAAGUGAGCUGCGUUGGAUCCUGUGGGGUGUCUAACAAGAUCAAUGACACAGCAUGGACCGUGGAGGAGCAAUACUUUAACAGCACACUGUCUCUGGCAGACAAAGGGGUCCUGACAGCUGGAGAGCACAACUUCCCCUUCCAGUUCCUGCUGCCAGCCUCUGCUCCUACAUCGUUUGAAGGCCCUUUUGGCAAGGUCCUCCAUCAGGUGAAAGCUGUGAUAGACACACCUCGCUUCUCCAAGGACUACAAGUGCAACAAGAUCUUCUACAUUCUCUGCCCUCUCAACUUGAACGACAUCCCUGACAUUGAGCAGCCCAACACUAUGUCAAUCACCAAGAAGUUCAACUACAAGCUUGUGAAAAGUGGCAACAUUAUCUUGACUGCCACCUCGGAUCUGAAAGGUUACAUCGUGGGGCAAGCAAUCCAGCUCCGCACGGACAUAGAGAACAAAUCGGGCCGGGACACUGGGGCUGUCGUAGCCAGUCUGCUCCAGAAAGUGGCUUAUAAAUCCAAGCGCUGGAUUUAUGACCUGAGGACCAUUGCGGAGGUGGAAGGCUCAGGAGUGAAAGCCUGGAAACAUGCAGAAUGGAAGGAGCAGAUCCUCGUUCCGGCACUGCCCCAGUCUAUUCUGCAGGGCUGUAGCCUCAUACAUAUUGACUACUACAUCCAGGUUUCCCUCAAGUCGCCAGAGGUUUCAGUUACUCUCCCCAUUUAUAUUGGUAACAUUGCUGUGAACAGGGUGCCUCUGAGCCCCUCCCAGUCCAUCCAGCACAUACCGUCUGCAGUGGUACCCAGUGCCCCCCCGGAGGAAGAGGAGGCUGCCAGUGGUUAUCAUCCGAUGGACAAUGUCUCGAUCCCCACCAAAAGCCAUUCCCAGCAGCAGCCAUUUAGCUAUGCCCCAGGACUGAGCUUCCAGGAGAUAAGGGUGGACUCGGAGCAGACAGGCUCCCCAAACCAUCCAACGCUCUGCCUGUCGACAGGAGCCACUGUCCCUUACUAUGCUGAGGGGAACGUGGUGCCCGUCCCCACGGCCAGCUCUCUCAUUUUGCCUCCGGAGUACAGCACGUGGGGCUACCCAUACGAGGCGCCUCCAUCCUAUGAGCAGAGCUGCAGCAGUGCCAACUCCAGCAUCAGCAACGGCAACUAGCCUCCCCUGCUUUGAGUCCCGCUGGCGCUGCCCACCCCCAGGCGCCACGGUUCACCUGCCUACUGCAAAGUCUGGUACAGCACAAGGCGUCUUUUUAUCUCUCUGGCUGCUUGGUGGGGUAAAUGGCACAUCCCAGCCUGGGCUUUUUAAGUCUCUUUCUAGGUGUGGGGAGAAAACAAAAAGGGCAGCCAGAGCAGCUUGCAUGUGUGUGUAGGAGAGGUCUGAGAAACUGAACUGUCUCCUUCUGCUGCACCGAGUGCUGGAGAACCGGUUUUGCCCCAGGGAUGCCCUCUGCAGCAGCCUGUGUUUAAAGUACUGUAGUCAACACUAACUGCUUUACUAUCAAAGCACCUGCGAUGCCUUAUCUGAAAUGCUCCUGACUUGGCAUGUCUCCACUGUAGGUGAAGGCUGGGCUGUGUGGACAUUUUCUUCUCUUUUAGGGGCCAUGUGCUCUCCAGAAAUGGUUUUGACAGCCCUUCCUCCUUGUUCUCAUAGGUCCUAAGGGUAGCUGAAACAGGAGGUUUCUUGGAGUAAGCAGGUUUGGAAGGUCAGGGACUCUUAAAAAGCCAAAAGCACAAGCCCUCGCUAUACUUGUGUUGUGGGGUGAGUGACCGGCAGCCUUCGGUCCUCUUGCAGUGGGCUGCACCACUGCCUGCAUGCAGUGAGAGGAGAGCAGGCUCUGGCAGCAAGGAGCUUGCUGGGGCACUUGCUCAUAACCCAAGAGGCCCUGAUGAGCUGUGGAGGGAGAGCCUGGUGUUACCAUGGGGUGCCCACCAGCCAGCUUCUGGCCUUUUUCAGCAAGGGUGACUUUUCUCUGAAAAGCCCUGUAGGAGAGAGUCCAUCCUUGCUUGCUGCUAGACUGCAGCACCCAGGAUGAACAGCGCUAGUCAGUCUGCAAGUGGGGGGGACCAGAUCCCCCGUGUCCCAUCUCCCACCCCUGCAGGGUGCUCUCUCCAUCUCAGCUGCCACUGCCUUCGGCAGGCCAGAAUUACAUGACAAUCAAGUUACAAAAGUCUGUCCGAUGCUACCUCUGAGUCUGCCCAAGGACCUUGUCCAUGGAAGCCCUUCCUUCUGGGAUGACACUCCCUCGAGGCUCAGCCUGGGGUCUCCUGCAGGAGCAGUCAAUGCUGCCAAGCCAGUGUGCAAGGGUGCUUGGCCUGGGGACUGUUAUCUCUGUGAGCUGGUACUGGUUUACCGCUUGUCUCCUGAGCCGCCUCUCGAGCCACAGCAGGAUGUGAAAAUGAGUGAAUGGGAACACAAAGUGCUACACCUCAUUUGCAGCCUCCGCUGGACCUGGCAGGUCGGGGGAAGAAGCUGGUGGAUGUAAAACAACACUUUUCUUUUGCGCUUUUCCCCCCUACUUGUUUAGCUUUUUUAGUAUUGACUGCCCAAGCUGAGGAAACCACAAACCAGAUACUUAAGAGCCGCUGGCAUCCAGCCACAGCUGAAACUGUGGACUGCAGAACUUUGGCACCUCUGAGAAUUGGUCUCCAUGCUGCCUCAUGCUGGGCAGGCAAUAUUUAACAAACUUGUUAGGAGCACUACAGCCUCUGCCUCCUCAUUUUAGCCUGCCUCUGCACACCCCUGGCAGGCAGCUAGGGACAUACCCUGCUUUGCACUCUUUCUUUGCAAAUGCUUUUUAUCUUAUUUUAUUUUUUUUUAAGUGUUGAACUGCUUUAAUUAUAGUGUAGAGAAGGUGCCAUUCUGAGCAGUGCUGGCACAACAUGCACCAAUGUUGAUAGAAUGAUUGUCAUUGUUCCUGAAUAUAUAUAUAUAUGAGAUGAAGUUUUGUUUUUAAUGAUUGAAUUCAGAAAUACAAAUUUUAAUGCUGUAUUUAAUAAAUUAUUCUAAGAGAAAUGCUGUGCUUUUUUAUCCAUUUCUGAUGCUUAUCCAUGUGCCUGUUCAUGCCAAAUCCAGGAAUGCACUUUGCUGACUUCUUACAAAAUGAAGCAAGUUUUUUGCUCUCACCAGGAAGGAUGGUGACUUCUGCCAAGGCAGCUCGGGGGCAACAAGCAUGGUGCAGCCUGACUGUGGUGCUGGGCUCAUAGUUCCAGAUGGUUGGAGGGAGUUUGGCACCGUGUGGGCUCAGGUCUGGAGAGAGCAGCCACUGCACUGCUGCUUCCCUGGCCCUGGGUCCCAAAGCCAUGGUUUGUCCAAGUGGCCCAUGGGUCUUGGGCAGUGCUCUCUGCUGUCUGACUGGAGAGGUGGGCUGGUGGGGAGGAAGGGGAGAGUGGAAUCUCCCUUCAGGAGAACAGAGAUGGAACAGCCAAGGUCUGGCUGGAAGGGCUGGAGACCACCAGCCCAUGCCCUCUCCUAAAGAGCCAUUUGGAAUAAACUUACUUAAAAUGGAAGAAGGCUCCUCCCCACACCCACAGUUUGGUGAUACCAUGUCUGAAGCAUGUAGGUGUUGCCUAAAUGUUGUCAUUGUGAGUAGCCUUAGGUGUGAUCUGUGUCUCAGACACGAGGAUCCUUCUUCACCCUCUGCUCAACUUAUGCUUCUGUCCAGCUUUUAUUAUUCAAGACUCUCUCCUUUGUCUGGUGGUCUGUGCCUGCCAUGAAAAGUAUCCUUGAUAUGCAGCAGGUCAAAGGCAGGUGCUUGUUUGUUCGUAACAGUAUGUCUCUUCCCCAAUGCUCUUCCUCCCAGUUAGUUGAACCUGCUUUGCCUGGCUCAGCCUGUAGCUCCUGUGGCCUUCCUUGCUGUUGGCAGUACCUAUCCCUUCUUUCAGCCCUCAACCCAAAUCCCUUCCACACCUCUGGAAAAAUUCCUACGAGCCAUCAAUCCUUCUGGAAGUGCUGGGUUGGGCUACAGGCUCCUAACCCAGCUGGGGUCUGGGAGAGGCAGCCUGGGCUGGGACUGGAUUCCCGGUUCCUUGUUCUCCAUCCCUGAAGCUGAGCUGCUGGUGACGUGUCCAGCUCAUGUUCCUUGGCUGGAAAACUGGAAUGCUGUUUGGUUACUGUGGCCAGAGCCCCUGGGAUGCCCUUCUAUACCCCCAGCCAGUGUCUGUCCUCCUCGUUUAAACUUUAUAGCUGGGAAUGCACUGUUAAUGGUGGAGGCUGUGGAGAGGAGAGGCCAGCUGCAUCUCACACAGUUCCUGUGUUCUGCCCUGUGUCUCUGCAAGUGCUCCUGUGCACCUGAGCUUGCUCUCCCAGAUUGUAUUUGCUAGAGACUGGUCCUUCACCUCUUGCUGUACGUGGUGUCCCCUUUGCAAAGCAAGGAGCAAACGGGCACACUCUUCUUCAUUGGUGAGGAGUGUCCAUCUCCGCUGGCUGCUGUGGAGGGAGCAGGAACGAGCUGGAGCUAGACCUCAUGGUAGUCCUUGUUCUUUUGGAUGCUAGGGCUGGGCACACACAGGUCCUGCAGAGAGAGGCCUCGCUCAGACCUGUGAGGCAGCACCAGACAGGAUGCAGCAGGACAUCACCCUAAGUUUGUCUCUGAGCAACCUCACUGUUGUGCAAGCAGACAGAAAUAACUGGCAAAGCACUGUGGUUUUCAACGUUCCUGCCCAGCUUUGCCUGUUCCCCAGUGCUGCGGCAGGGAAUUGAAGCCUGACACAAAGAGCCUUGUUCAUGAUUCACAGACCCCUUUGAAACGGUCCAGGACUGCAGGAUGGAGAAGUUAGUCCAGCUCUUCUUAAACCUACCCACAGUUGUAGCCUCAGGGUGCUAUGGCAGCAAGGUCCUCAGGGUAUACGAGUACUUUGGAUGAGCACGAUGGGGCUAAAACCAAUGUUUGGGUCUGAGUAUGGUCCCCUCUGGAGAGGGCAAGUGGACAAUCCCUCUGUCCUCUGACUCGCUGCUGUCUCUUCUCUGCAGCAGCCUCUCUGGCUUCAACCUCUUUAAGUCCUGGGGAGCUCCUGUAGGCCCCGAGUUACCCCUCUCUCCUCUUUCUGAACUCUGGAAUAAAGAGGAAAAAAGCCCAUUUUUUCCAAACUCAGCUCUGGGUAAAAAACUUCAGUGCACAGGAAUUCAUUCAAAUUCCUGGCUCAAAUUUUUUACGCAAUUGGUUUUGGUUUUGUUUAAAAUGGGGAGGGGAAGUGGUGGAGCGUGAGUGAAGCUUGUGAACUAAUUGUUUCCAAACUCAGCAAUCAAUGGAAAAUACCAAAAUUAUCUUCCGUUUUUUUUUUUCCCUGCUGCUGCUUUUUUGUCCUUCAUGGCUUUGUCCUUGUCCCACUCUCCACAUGUGCCACCUCCAUAUUUUUGGCUUUUUCCGUGUUGUGUCCUGCUAAACUCUGCUUUGGCACCUGUUGUCCCACUGCCUGCAGGAGAUGGGGAAAGAGGAGACAGGGGAUGCAAAGGCUCUUCUUUUUGUUGGAUGGUGAUUCUUUUUUAGUUUUCCACUGAACUUCCAGUAGUUUUGUAAAAGUUAAGUAUUUUCUCCUAGGAAGUUUUCCUGUUGAGCCAGCACAAGAGAGGAGAUAAAGGGUGUUCUGGGGUCCAUUGGGUUUUUAUGCUGUAUUUUAAAAUAUUUCCAACUAUCUGCAACAGGAAUGUCCCAUCCUUCCUCCCCAAGAGAGGCUGGUGGGGUAAAGCCCUCAAAACUUGUGCCCUUUCUUGUACCAAUACUCGUGGCUGUAAUUCUUUAUUCCUGUGGUUCUCUUUACAGAUUUUGGGGUUUUAUACAACAACAUUUAUGAUGGCUCUGUUCAACCUAAGACUUCUGUGCAAUUUAUUACUGGGUUUUAAAAUGUAAACUAUCAGUUUUACAUGUUUACCACGGCUUCUGGGGAGUAUUUUUGUCCUGGGUUUUAAACCACCAAAUGUAGAGAACUGAAAAACGUAAAUAAAGAUCUCCUUUUUUAAGA